AUAUAUGCCCAUUUUAAAUUUGUUGGCAACAACAUGUUCCAAAAAAGUCAACAAAAGGCUGGUAAAGUUGUGUAAUGCUACAAAAAACUCUUGGUGGUUGAUUGGCAACAGGUCGUUCAGGUAAUAUUGGGUAUGAAAAAAGCAUCCCAGAGAUUCUGAGUCUUUCAGAAGUAAAGAUUAGGAGGGGUUCAUCGCUCUGUGAAAGACUGCAUGAUCAAAUAGUGUGUUUUUAACAACAGAGCUUGGCGUGGGUGAUGAGCUCAUCUGUGAAGGCACCAUUAAUGCUGAGCGAUAUAUACAUGUUUUGGCAACAUUUGCUGCCAUCCAGAGGACGUCUUUUUCAGGGAAGGCCUUGAUUAUUUCAGCAAGACAAUGUCAAACCACACUCUGCAUGUAUUACAACAGCAUGGCUCCAUAUUAAAAAAGUCCCGGUGCUAAACUGACCUGCCUGCCAUCCUGACCUCUCACCACUGAAAACGUUUGGUGUGUUAUGAAAUGAAAAAUACAUGUAAAAAUAAAUGAAAAAAAAGGAGACCCUGAACUGUUGAGCCGUUGAAAUCCUAUAUGAAACAAGAUUGAGAAACAUUUCUCUUUUAAAACUACAGCAGUGUCUCCUGAGGUCCCAAACACUUUUUGGAACCCAACUUUUUUGGAACUUGUUGCUGGCAUCAAAUUCAAAAUAGGCAUAUAUUUUUCAAAAAACUAUCAAGUUUGUCAUUUUCAACAUUUGAUAUGUUGUCUUUGUAGUAUUUUCCUUGGAAAACAUGGUUUACAUGAUUUGCAUUCUGCACAGCGUCCCAACUCUUUUGGAAAUGGGGUUGUAUAUACAAACACAGUAGGUUCAGCGCUUCCGCAUUCCUACAUUAACACUGUGGGAUUCACAUUAAAUUAACCACUAGCAACUGAUCGAGCAACAAUUCUAUGCACUGAUGGCAGUUCUUUUUUUAUUAUACAGCACACAUUAUGUUGAAAGAAGAGACAUUCCAUGCAUAUAUGUGUAUUUAAAGUAUGUUUCUGAUACUAAUAUUUUUACUCAAAAUACUUUUAGUGGUAUUAUUACCACAGAAAGUGCUCAUGGAUCUUUGCUUUGUAUUAUAGACUAUAUGCCCAAAAGCGGACACUUGCGCAUCCAACGUUUCUUCGGAAAUCAAGGGUAUCAAUAGGGAGUGUGUCCUCCUUGCUAGAUGUUGGAACAGCUCUGAGGAUUUGAUUGCAUUCAGCCACAAGAGCAUUAAUGAGAUCAGAUGCUAAUGCUGGAUGGUCAGCUCAUCCUAAAGGUAAACCAGAGCUGAGGAGUGUGGAGGUCAUUGUGGCAGACGUGGCUCAGCCAGAAUCCUUGGCUAUUAUGUGCAAGCAAGGCGUCGUCGUCCUUAAUUGCGUGGGGCCGUACAGGUUCUAUGGAGAGCCGGUAGUUAAGGCCUGCAUAGAGAAUGGAGCUCACUACAUUGACAUCUGUGGAGAGCCACAGUUUUUGGAGGGAAUGCAGCUCAAGUACCACAGCAAAGCCCAAGAGAAGAGAGUAUAUGUCAUUGGGAGCUGUGGCUUUGACUCCAUUCCAGCAGAUAUGGGCAUUCUUUAUACUAGAGACCAGUUUAAAGGGACUCUUACAGCAGUGGAGAGCUUUUUAACUGUCAGCACAGGACCAGAGGGUGGAUGCGGCCAUGAAGCAACAUGGCAGUCAGCCAUCUUUGGCUUUGCAGACAGCGCCAGUCUCAGAAGCUUGAGGAAGAAGUUUGGUCAUAAACCUCUGCCUGUGGUGGGAGCUCCCAUUAAAAAGAGGGGUGCUCUUUUCUACAGUAAAGAGAUACAGCAGUAUUCAAUUCCUUUCAUGGGUUCUGACCCCUCAGUAGUGAGGAGGACCCAGCGUUGCAUGCACCAGGAGCACCAGCAAGCCCCUGUUCAGUAUGCUGCGUACGUUGGUAUCGGCGGGGUGUUCUCGGUGGCGAAGACCUUCUUUGCAGGCCUGAUGUUUUGGCUCAUGACCAAAUUCAGCAUUGGUAGGAGUCUCCUAAUUCAGUUUCCAGAGGUUUUUUCCUUUGGCUUGUUCUCCAAGGCUGGACCAUCAAAGAAGCAGAUGGAAGGAACCUCUUUUUGCCUUUCUUUCUUUGGAGAAGGCUAUUCAAAUGGCCGGGAUCCCUCACAGGGCAAGCCUGAUGCUGCCAUCACCACACAGAUAAAAGGCCCAGAGCCGGGUUACGUUGCCACGCCGAUCACCAUGGUGCAGGCGGCCAUCACUCUGCUUAACGAGCCGCAGUGCCUCCCAGAAACGGGUGGUGUUUACACUCCAGGGUCUGCAUUCGCAAGAACAACCUUGAUUGAGCGUCUCAACAAGCACGGAGUCCAGUUUUGUGUGACGAACGCUCGGAAGUUAUAAGUAGAUACUAAGUAGAUACAUGAACUGAUGGCCCCCUUCCUAGCUGUGAUGGAUGAGAAGAACAGUUUAAAAGACCUUUAUGUUGUUGAACAGGAGUCAUAUCUGAACUUUUCCUCCCUCCAUGACCCUCAUUAAUUAUAAUACAGGGAGAUUCACUCAAAAGAGGCCCAGAUAUUCUGUAAUAACUCUCACUAGGACGCAGCAAUCUGAAUGAAACAAAGCGCAUUGAGCUCUUCAGUAUGUGGAGCUUUGAACAAGCUGGGAUGCCCCUGCGCCAGAGCAGUGAGGUUGGCACUGGACAGCCAUCAUGACGUUUAACCUCCGUUUGCAACUUCCAGGUGCAGACCCUUUCUACCCCUUCAUGCGCAGAAAACGGAGGUCACUUCCAGCAUCGCAUGUAAUACAAUCAAUUACACAUACAUCAAAUUUUGUAGUGUAUUUUUGUGGUUCAUAUUGCUUUAGAUUGAGUUACAGCAGACUAUUCGGGGCCUCUUUCGAGUGAAUCUCCCUGUAAUAUGUGUGCACGAAUGAACAAGAAUGAAAGACUUUUUUAAUUUUUCAUCACAAACAUAAUAUUUGAACAUGUAUAAGUUGUAUAAAAUAAACUAAAUAUAUACUAGA